AUGGUCCCGGUCCGGUUUCACGGUCGCGCUCGUGGCUCGUGCCAUUGGGUGGCUCGCGGCUCGCAGGUUAUGUACAACAAUCUUGGAGGCCAUGGCCCUGUAUUCUCCGAUCCACCAGUGAUCCGCUAUCGCGGCGCCUGCUUUCACCAUGGACGACCGGUGGAUGUGGUGCUCCAUGCUGACAGCAGCUACCACCCUGCGGCCAGUGGCUUGAAUGCCCUUCUGGGGCAUCACUACAGUGCGUCCGUGAACGUGGCGCUCAAUGGCACGGUGCACUUGACCCUCGAGCUGCGUUCCCAGCAGAAGCCCUUGCCUCUCCCACGGCUCUAUGUCUCCGUGGCGGAUUCCGAGGAGAAACCCAAGCUGUCGGGCGCCCACGAAGUGGCGGCACCUGGCUUUGAGGCUGCCCAGCUGCCUUCCGGCACUUGGAGCAGUGCCGCGCAACUGGGCGAGGACUGGAGCGCUCCGGUCUCCGCGACGCCGGCGAUCUUCACCUUUUGGAACACCGCCACCGUCCGUUUGACGCUGCGAGCGGUGGUCAAGCCAGGCUCCGCGCUCUUCAGCGAGGUUGGAAGGAGUUUCUUCAUCUCCUUAUGGUCCCCCGAUGUGGAUGUUCGAGCCACGGGCAGCAGCGGCAUCACCAGCGAAAAGGUCCAACUGGGAAGCACCGCGAAGCGCGCUGGAGGCGUCGACCUUCCCAAAGUGACGCUGGCUCCCACAGAGGCGCCGGCACUUGACAUGCCGUUCACUCUGGGGCCAUGGCUGAGGCUAGAGCGCAGCAAUGUGGUCUUCAACAACCUGGGCGGUUUCGGCCCCGGCCACCUCGACGAGCCUCACGAGCUGCGCUUGGGCCACGUCGCCGAAAGCGCGGAGAGCGCUGUGGAUGUGGUCUUCCACGCCACCAGUGCGUAUCAUUCCACCUCUGUACAGCUCAACGGCGCCCAGCACGGCCAUGCCGUGGUCAAUGUGGCGCUCGAGUCUUCGGUGUCUCUGAAGAUCUUGCUGGUGAAGCAUGGCGAGGAUACUCCGAUCAAGCUUGAUUGGCUCUUCCUUUGGAUCUACGAUGUGGAGGAGGAGGUUCCAGCGCUGUCGGGUGAUGGUCAAGUCUACGUUUCGGGUGUGAAGGCGACGCUGCGCCCAGAGGAGACGUCGCGGUGGGUCGCGGUGGAACGCUCCCAGGGCUACGAAGCCUUUGCCGUGCCAAAGGGCCCAGCUUUGCUUCUGGCCGUGGAGGGCAACGGACCGCAGGUCACAUUGAGACCACGCACCAACGCAGGGAACACCCUGGAUGCUCAAGGACGGAGCUUUUUCAUCGCCCUGCGCACGCCCAACCUCGAGAUCUUGAGCACCACGCAUCCAGUGGCGCGAUUGGCACCAGUGGUGAUAGGCGAAGUCACGAGGCUCGUCCCUCGUUCGAGGUCACGAGGCGAUGCCACCGCGCCGGAGCUCGUCACGAGCACCACGACGACCUCGUCCCCCGAGAGACCGAGCACGACGACCGAGCAGCAACGGGUGGUUCAGUCACGCGUCGGGCGGCCACCGGAGGCACAUUGGAUACGACAGCCUUUGGUACAGGGCUACCUGGGCACUUACUUGGCCUUACAACCGAGCCAGGUGCUGGUGAACAACCUCGCGGGCGCCGGGCCCGACCACUCCGCCUCCGACCUGUCGGGCCCGGCGGCGCCGGAGCUGCGCUGGCGCGCGGCCACGUACCAGGGGACGCCGGUGGAUGUGGUGCUUCGCAGUAUCUCCAGCUACCGUCCCUCUGACGUCGCACUCAAUGGCCGUGAAGGGCUCCGGCGCCCGGCGGCCACGGUGAACGUGGCUCCAGGCAGUUCGGUCAAACUGCGCUUCGAGUUUUGGCAGGAAACUGAAGACUCGCGACGACCCAUUGCCCUUCCACGGCUCUAUGUGCAGAUCUUCGACCUCGAGGAUCCGCGCCCGGCGAUGUCGCUGUCGGGGGAGGCAUCCGUGAUGGACUUUGAGGGUGUCUCCUGGCCCAAUGGCACUUGGCAACCUGGCGGCUUUGGCCAGUCCUUCAACCUGCCAGAGGGGCCAGCGCCGACCGUGGCUUUCACCUCCUGCUCCAGCCUCUUUGUGACCUUGCACGCCCGAAAGGGCCCAGGCAAUGCGUUGGGAGCGGCCUGGGAGGGUCGCAGCUUCUUCAUCGCCUUGCGCUCCCCGGACGUGGAGCACGAGCUGGCGCUGCAGGCCCGAGCACAGUUGAUCGGCAGAGCGGCUCCACCGCGACAGGAGGAGACAGACGAGAAGGAGAGAGGAGAGAAGGUGAGGCUGAGGCAAGAGAAGGAGAGGAGCGGCCUAGGAGACGACGAAAGCAUCGAGAGACUCGUGAACACGAUGCCAAGAGAAGAAGGAGGUGAGGAUCGAGACGCCGACGUCGGAUGGUUUUCGUUGGAGGAUAAGGAGAAAUGGCUUAUGAUGGGAGUGUUUGCCGGGCGUGUUUUGGUCUGCGAGGUGCAGGUUGGUUCCGCCACUGUGGAGGCCCCGUUCUUCGUUCGAUCGCACUCCGUGUUGCCAGACGGUUCGAUCUUGGCAGAAGUUGUCUCGUUGGGCACGAACGACAGCAAAGUGUCUCGGCAGCUGACCUCCAUGUGCCGUAUGAUGAACCGCAUCCACAUCUGCAUGGAGGCCGAAUGCCAUGUUUCAGGCAACUUCAUCUGCCACGCAAAGGAGGUGGAGAUCAUUCCUGGCCCGGCUUUGAAGGCUGGUCUCAUCGGGGAGGAAACGAUGGGAGCCGCGGACGAGGAGCCGGAGGAUGCAACAAGGGUCAAAGGCAGACCAUCGGCCCUACGACAACCAGUUCAUCAAGAGGAGAGAGAUCCGGACAGGCACGUUCGUUUUGCAGAGGACGAGAGAGGAGAGAUCAUAGAGGCUGGUUCGAGCAGAGGAGAGAAGAGGAGAAGGACGCCCAGCCCGCGAGAAACCACAGAGGAUGGAGAAGGAGAUCAACAGCGAGGACGAAAGAAGAUUGGAGAGGCCCUCACCGACUUGAAGGCCAAGCUCAAAGAAACUAUGAGCCGCUCGGAUGGAGCAAAAAGAAGCUACAUCGAGUAUGAAGAGACCUUCAAAUCCCCUGAAGGCCUUAGUAGCGGCAGCCAGUCAAGCCUCAACGUCCGGAGCUCAGAGCGGAAAGAAAAAGAAGAGCGACGAGAGGGUGUUGAAGGCUUUGAGAUUGAUCCUCUCAAGCCCAAGAGCGAAAAGAAGAAGAAGAAGAAGAAACAGAAGGUGUCCGAAGGUGGAGAUCCCCCAGGGUCCAGUGGGAGUUCAGGAGAUUCGUCGGACGAGGACGAGGACGAGGAGGAUGGCAGCGAGGACUCAAGCGACGAGGAAAGCAGCGAGGAGAAGAAGGCCAGAAGGUUGCAGGCGCCUUUGAAGAGAAAGAGCAUGAAGAAGAGGGGAAGCGUGAUCACACUCCUCCUCGAGCAGAUCGCAGAGCAGAUGCAGGACCUGUCAACCUCCCACGAGGAUCUGCUGACCAGCGGGCCAAAAGUGGGGACCUACUGGCAGAUCAACUUGAAGAACCGCUAUCAUGCAGGACAUCCGGCCCUCCGCGAGUUAUACCUCCUUGCGACCGUGAUCGACAGACUUCGAGGAGGUCAGCUUCUAGAAGCUCUGGAUGCAUUGGCCGGUCGCUUCAUCGCGGUAGAAGCCGCCACCCACGACGGCUGGAACAUCGCGAAGCAUCUCGAGGUUGCAGUCACAGUCCCUUCAGAGCAGGCCAUAGCACCAGCCGAACUCCAACUUGCGGCCAGGAAACACUACAACUUGGUGGCCAGGGCGCAGGGCUACGACGGAAAAGGAAGUUGGAGGAGCUCUGGCAGCGGCCGCGGGUGGGGGAGUUCAAGCAACAGGGACGACGGCAAAGGCUGGUGGCGCUCAAAAGGUGGAAAGGAGGGAAAGGAGGGCCGUGGGAAAGGAAGCAAAUGGAAGGGUGGCAAAGAAGGAGGAAAGCAGAAAGGGAGGAAGCAGGAGGGAGAAGGAGAGAAGGCCGAAGCCUGA